AUGAAAAACUUUUUCGAAGGACUUGGUAAAUCGCGUGGCAAGAAUGAUAUUUCGGGCAGAACGUCACCAGUUAACUUGAAACCUUUGGAAUCUAAUGAAGAAUCAAACACAGGAAAGAAUACAAAAGAUACAAUCGAAAAAACGAACAAUGCUAGUGAUAAAUCGAGAGAAGUUAUAAAAGGAGAUGAGAAGAAGACAGAAAAACAAACUUCACCAGCUGAUGCAACCAAUAAAUUUACAAAUAAAGCAGACGACAGUGUAGAAGCACCACAAGAUAAGCCACCGAGUACUGUACGUCUAAUAGACAGAGUAAAUCAAGGACCAACAAAUCAAAUUAAUGAAAAGAAUCCAUCAUCUACACUGAUUAACUUUUUAACAUCACCUGUACAAACAAUCAAAUCAAACAGAGCUCCAAGUCCAACAACUCCACCUAAAACAAAACCGGUGGAUGAAGUGAAAGAUCUGGAAACUGAUAAAAAAUCCUCUGACCUCAAAGAAAAACAAAAUAAAAACUCAAAGAAUGAGACAAAUGAAGUUCAAUCUAAAAAGGUCGAAAGCCAACCAAAUAUUAAUGUUGGACAGAAGAAAGAGAUUACUUCUAGUUCACAACCUGCACCAAAUACUAAAACGCAAGAAGUACUGAAUAAGGAUAACGGUAAUGUCCAAACAACUAAGUCAAAAGAUGAUAAGGUUUCCGAGUCUCAGAACAAGUCGAAUAAUAUUGUAACUGAAUCAGCGUCAGAGGUCCCAGUUAAGAAAACUUUAAAGGAUAAACCGGAAAAUGAAACCCAAGUCAGCAAACCAGAAGUCAGUCAAUCUAAUACAAACUAUUUGGUUCCAUCCAAUAUACCCCAACCUGAUACUAAUCUGAAACUAGGACGAAAGGGUGUUAUUACAAGAUCUGAAGGUGAACAACUUAAGCCUUACCACCUAAACUCAUCGUCACCUUUGGAAGCACUUUUUAGCAAGAUUACAGGUAAACAUAAUGAUCCACCAGAUUUGAGUUUAACCUCAGAUAAAGGAGUUAAUCGUUCAAUUAAUACGGGACAAAAAGAAUGUGAGAAAUACAAUGAAAGUCAAAGAAUUGAUCUAAAAAAUUUAGACCCUUGCAGACCAGUAUUUUUCUCAGCAAUAGAUUUAAAGCGUUCCGGUUUUGCCAACGCUGAAGAUAUUGAAAUUGUUGGAACAAGCUUGGAGUUCCAGAUGUUGAAAAUCUACUCAAAUAUUUAG